AUGAUGUUUGAAAAACCCGGCCACAAACUGCAUCAGCUUUUCUUCCAUGUACCUGAAUAUAUGAAAAAGAACAAAAGCAUGACAUUCUUUACUGAACAAGUGAUCGAACAUUGCCAUGCGGCCGUGAAUAAGGACCUUAGAAGGGUAAAAACCCGAGACUCAAAAAAGCGUCUAAUGUCAAUAAUCGUAUGGGCAUACGAAAGAACUGUUUUAUUUGACGAAUAUGGCCUCGAUUGUAUCCAACUUGACAUUGAAAAAGAAGCCAGAACAGAAGAAAAGUCUGAUGAUGAAGAAGAAGAAGAUUACUUCAAUGUAUAG